AUGCAAAUCCUGGCUCGUUUAUUGACGCCAUUUCUUCUAUUAUUUUUUAUCUCUUAUCCAAUACUAUCAACAUUGGUCCAUGAAUGGAUGAUUGAGGCAUAUAAAAAAAUUGAAUAUAAUCCAAAAUUGGAUUUCGAAUUAUUGCAAAAAGAAGGAAUAAUAUUCAAAGAUUCACCACCAAUAACUGGUGAACCUCUCGAUGGUUGUUUAAAUAUUGAGGAAUUUGCGGAAGCUAUGAGAGCUUUAGCAGAAUACAGAGGUAACGUGGAGGAACCAACAGUUAGGACACCUUUCGAAGAAAUCACUUACGUGAACUAUGAGAUUCACGAAUCAUUGGGCUUUGACUAUGCAGUGAUUACACGUAUUGAACCAACCAAAUUUGAAAGUCUUUUAAUUCGUAUGAUUGAACAAGGACCAGGAUUCUUUGACAUUGAAGGAAUUGAGUUAUAUGAGCUUUUGUCGGAGCUAAGUGAAAUUUUACGUACAGAAGAUUCACUUCUAGAAAUUUCAACUGAUGUUGUGGUAAUCGGUGAACUUCGUGGACGGUAUUCUGACUUAUUACGUUGGUUCCAAUUAUAUGGAUAUCCACCAAAACGGCGAUAUCUUUUUCUUGGUGGUAUCAUCGAUCAAGAAUGUGCUGAAUCUGUUGAAACACUUGCUUUUCUGGCAGCGUAUAAAGUGACCACACCAAAUCACAUUUAUAUAAUACGUGGAGCUACGGAAUUUUUCCCUUUUCAAGUUAGAAAACGUUUUCCGGUUAAGCUAUGCAUAGUGUUGUCAGCGUUUAUCACGAGAAUUUGCUCUGAAAUGCCUAUCGCUGCUACAAUUGGCAAUACAAUUUUUGCCGUACAUUCCGGUAUCAGUUCACAACUAGAAAAUCUUGAAGUAAUAAAGAAAAUUGAAAGGCCACCGUUGAAAUGGAACUAUCGAAUUCUCUGUGAUUUAAUACUGGGAAUGCCGAGUACUGCUGUUGAAAGAUUUCAAAAAAUUAAAGGUUAG